UGCUACUAUCUUAAAAAGACUUAAUAGAAUAUAUAUUUUUUAUGUGAAUCAAUAGUGAAGGUACACCUAAUUCGGUAGCUGGAUUUAAUUUAUAAAUGCCAGUCAAUCAUGACAAUCACGUUCACCAACAUACAAUUUGCCACCCGACCAAUAAUAAAAAUGACAUUAAACUAACCAAUCAUAAGCAAUAGAAAACUUCAACUUCAAGUGCACGACAUGCAUUCAUGCACUAUUAUAGAUCAUGUUCCUUUUUAUUUUCUUCACAAUGCACCAAACAUCAAUCAAAACCAACCUUGUAUGGAAAUCUAGAUACGAGUUAUUCUAGGUUAUGACUCUACUUAUUUGAUUAAAACUUUACAAUUGAGCUGAUUCAGUGUAUGAUUACAAAAUGAAAAUUCGGUCCAUCUUAUAAUUCUAUCUUGCGUGGAAUACUGAGUUGAUAACUAUAACUAUGACUAUGACCAAGUAAAAAUAUAUAGUAUGGCUUUAUCAAAGCUAAUCCUUUUGACACACCUAAUCCCUUCACAAGCACAUUUCUUAAUAUCUUCUCUAGGAAAUUAAAAACUCUACACUUAAGUAGUUAGCUAGAUAGCUAGCCAUCCAAUUUAACAAAUGAAUCCAUGUUUCAUUUAGUAUGGCUUUAUCCAAGCUACACCAACUAACAACAUGCUCCUCCAAUAACAUCAUAAUACUUCUUUUGCUCUUCAUUUCCCUUCCUAUCUUAAUCUUCAAGUUUAGUACCACAAUCUUGUCCAAUCCUAAUCAAUUCAUUGAUUCCAUCCUCUUCCAAACAACACAAUCUCACCCUCAAGCUUCUGAUCUUCAUUCAAACCCAUUAAUAUUGCUCAAGAUCAUCCUUGAAAACCACAUACCACAGCCUCAAAACCAAUCCUUCAAAUUGGGUUUCAUCAACUUUGAUCAAAAUCUAGAUCACCAAAAUGGGUUUAAAGAGUCUAUGAUCAUAAGUUUCGAGUCAGUUUCGUCAAAUGUAACAUGGGAUAAACUGUUUCCAAAGUGGGUAAAUGAAACAAACCAGCAAGGGGAAGAUUUGUGUCCUAAGAUGCCAAUGCCUGCGCCAGAUAAGUACAUUGGGCUAGAUGUUGUGGUGGCAAAACUGCCAUGUGGGGAUGAACAAGAAGAGGUUGAUAGUAAUGGGAAGAGGAGAAAAGAAGGAAUCAGAGAUGUGAAUAGAUUACAAGUAAGUUUGGCAACUGGGAAUAUUGUGGUUGAGAAUGGGAUGAUUAAUAAAGGGAAGGAUGUGUAUGCUGUGUUUAUUGCUAAGUGUGAGCCCAUGGUGGAGUUAUUUAGGUGUGAGGAUUUGGUAUGGCAUAGUGGGGAUUAUUGGGUGUAUAAACCAAAUAUAUAUAAGUUGAAGGAGGUUAUUAGUAUGCCUUUGGGGAGUUGUGCUCUUGCUCAUCCAAAUCAUCCACAUUCAGGUAAUGAACACUUAGAAGCCCAAAGGAGAAAUGGAGUCCAAAAUUAUGAUACAAGAUCAGCAAGAGAAGCUUAUGUUACGGUUCUCCACUCUUCCCAAGAUUAUGUUUGUGGAGCAAUAGCUCUAGCCCAAAGCAUCCUCCAAACAAACACCACCAAAGAUCUAGUCCUCCUUGCAGGCCACACCAUUUCUAAUACUUCCAUCAUAGGCCUACAAGCCGUGGGUUGGAAGGUUAUACGAAUUGGUCGAAUCAAGAGUCCUAAUGCCAAAAUCAAUGCUUAUAACAAGUGGAAUUAUAGCAAACUUCGAGUAUGGCAAUUGUUCGAAUACACCAAACUCAUGUUCAUCGACUCUGAUUUCUUAGUACUACGUAACAUAGACCAUCUUUUUAACUACCCACAACUAUCGGCUGCUCCUAAUUAUAACGACAAAUUGAUAUUCAACUCGGGAAUUAUGAUUCUAGAACCAUCCAAGUAUUUUUUUAACUAUCUUAUGAACAAACGUUACACUCUUAUGUCGUACAAUGGGGGUGACCAAGGAUAUUUGAACGAGGUUUUCACUUGGUGGCACAGGUUAUCGGUUAAGGCCAACUAUAUGAAGGAUUAUAUCGAAGAAGAUAGUGAUCGACUUGUUCCUAAGGAUCGAUACACGAUUCAUUUCCUAGGGAUAAAGCCAUGGUUAUGUUACAGAGAUUAUGAUUGUAAUUGGGAUAGUAAGAUAUAUCAUAGAUUUGCAAGUGAUGAUGCACAUCAAAUAUGGUGGAAACUCUAUGAUACAAUGCCUAAGGAGUUGCAAAAAUAUUGUGGGAUGACAGUAAAACAGGAUCAAAGUGUACGCUAUAAAAGAGCAAUGGCUAAACAGGCUAAUCUUUCUGAUGGGCAUUGGAUGAUUGAGAUUAAGGAUCCUAGACAAUAUCAUUUAGUGGAGUCUAUUAAUGUGGAUCUUGCAUCCCCAUAAAUGAUCAAUCAUUCAGAUAUAUCUUAUCCAGUGUAUCUCGCUCAUAAAAACUAUAGUCAGGUUCUGAAAAGGGAUGAAAGACGACAACCCAUACCUAUAAAUGAUCAAUGCUAGUUUCAUUUUUUGUUGUAGUGAUGUAAUUGCUAAUGUGAAACUAUAAAUUAGUCAAAGAAACAACAAAUUAAUCAAAACAUUUUUGGGAUGAAAAAUUAAUUAAUGACUAGUUGCUAUUCCA